GAUGCCGGAAGCACCGUUGUCGCUCCAAAAAAAAAAUGGCUUACCAGACUGUCCGACAGGAAUAUUUACAGAUUCCAUUAGUCACUAGAGCUUACACCACCGCCUGCGUACUCACGACAGCCGCCGUGCAAUUAGAACUCAUCACACCUUUCCAGCUGUACUUCAACCCUGAUUUAAUACUAAAGAAUUAUCAGGUAUGGCGGCUAAUAACCAACUUUUUGUUUUUUGGUCCGGUGGGGUUCAACUUCUUAUUCAACAUGAUAUUUUUGUACCGGUACUGUCGGAUGCUGGAGGAGGGCUCCUUCAGAGGCAGAACUGCUGACUUUGUCUUUAUGUUCCUCUUCGGUGGCCUUCUCAUGACUAUAUUUGGCAUGUUUGUCAAUCUUGUGUUCUUAGGUCAGGCUUUCACCAUUAUGCUGGUGUACAUCUGGAGCAGACGAAACCCAAACGUGCGCAUGAAUUUCUUCGGCCUUUUGAAUUUCCAGGCGCCCUUCCUGCCGUGGGUGCUCAUGGGAUUCUCUCUGCUGCUGGGAAACUCCAUCAUUAUUGAUCUUUUAGGCAUUGUCGUAGGACACGUGUACUUCUUUCUGGAGGAUGUGUUUCCCAACCAACCAGGUGGUGGCAGAUGGCUGAGGACUCCCUCCAUUCUGAAAAUGCUCUUUGACACACCAGAGGAAGAUGCCAACUACAACCCUCUCCCUGAGGAGCGCCCAGGAGGCUUUGCCUGGGGUGAGGGUCAGAGACUCGGAGGCUAGUCUCAACACUCUGGUGCCUGUCACCACAUGGACAUCUCUGAGAGCAAGGACAAACUUGUUUCUCUUGUGCUGUAUUAAAGAACAGGAGCUCCACUCAUUGAACUAAAGGGAGACUGCAGUUUGUGUGCAAGGAAAUCAUAUGCCUCAAAAUAGUAGCAAGGCACAUACUGCUUCUCUGACUGUGGAUUUGAGUAAGGAACUGACUUUUGAUAUGUUGCUGUUUUUGUCCUGCGCAACAGUGAUUCCAAAUGGAACAGCCUUGAAAUGAAAAAUAUCUAUUGAUUAUCACAGGACAGGUGUGAUUUUACUUUUU